ACGCUCACGCCCCACGAUUAUCAAUUGCUCUGCGGAUUUGCUGCUCUCGUCUGGCUAAAUCCGCUAAGGUUAGGCUAUCGCAGAGGCCUCUCCUACACUUCCUGCGUUAUGCUAGAAGUUUACAGUGCAUAUUAGGUCAGUUGUGGACAGGAACGCAAGCUGUUACUUUCACCAAAUGAACAGGAAUCGUCUGGCUCCCACAUGACUGAGCAGGAGCAGCAGGAGUUUAUUGAUAGCCUGGAGGCAGUUCAGUCCUGGAUACAUGUCGUUCAGGAGAGGCUCCGGGUCAAUGACAACACCCAGGGCCCCCGAGCAGCCCUGCAGGCCAGGCUCAGAGAGACAGAGAAAAUCCACGAGUCUGAGCAUGAGGGUCGCGUGAAGAUGGACAUGGUGCUGGUGGCUGCUGAGGUCUUACUGCAGAACGGAGACCAGGACACCAGGAGCAAAACCCAUGCCAAACUUAAAGAGCUCAAAGCAUCAUGGGAGGAGACCUGCACCUUCAUAAUCCACUGCCACAGCCGGAUAGAGUGGGUGUGGCUGCACUGGAGUGAGUACCUGAAGGCGCACGAGGAGGUUGAGAUGUGGCUGGUCCGCAUGCGCCGCAGUCUGGAGCCGGAGGUGGAACUACAGCUGGGGGUGAAGGAGAAACUGUGGCAGGUGGACCACCAGCAUGUCUUGCUGAGUGACGUGCAGAGCCAGGCACUGCUGUUGGAGAGGCUGUUGGAUGAGGCUGCAGCGCUGCACAACCGUACCCAGGACCCCAGUGUGGACCAGGAGGCACAGGAGAGACUGCAAGAGGCAUACAAUAGCAUACGGGACAGGGCUGAGGAGAGGCUGUCAGUGCUGCAGAAGAUAGCUGAAGAGCACCAGAUUUACCAGAGCUACGUCCUAAAGUUCCAGGCCUGGCUGGUGUCCAAAGCUAAGGAGCUGAACACACUUACUGAGUCAGAGGACACAGCCGAGAACAAUCUCCAAGCCCUACAGACGCUGGACGACAGUGUGGCUAGUGAGGAGCGGACGCUGCAGCACAUCGAGGGCAUGGUGGAGGCAGUGCGGGCCAACACGUCGCCCGGGGGGGUGGAGGUGGUGGAGGAGGAGGUGGAGGAGCUUCGUCUGGCCUGGCAGAGGCUCCGACAGAGCCUGUGUGAGGCUGGGGAGGGCCUAAGGAGCAGCCUAGACUCCCAGAGCCAGUACCAGAGCCACUGCCAGCGCCUGGGGGAGGACAUAGCGCAGCUCCAGGCCCUGCUUCACAGACUGACCAGAGACCUGGAGACAGCCAGGGAGGGAGACUGGACCGAGGAACAGAUGGUUGGGCAGUGGAGGAAGUACAUGAAUGUUCGGAAUACUCUGUCAGCAGAGGAAUCCCAGGUUGAGAACCUCAAGGCCCAGCUUAAAGAACUCUUCCACUUUUCCCAAGAUUCCCGGCAUCUCUCUGACGACGUCCUGGCUGUGGUGAAGGAGCACCAGAGUGUGAAGUGUCGCGCAAUGAAGCUAUGUGUGGAGUCAGAGACAGGGCUGAGACUGGUGCUGCAGGACCCUCUGCAUGGCUUCUCUCAGUGGAGUCAGCUGGUCUCUCAGGUGCUGGAGGCCUCAGCAGAGGUGUCUGAGUUCUCCCACAUCGCCUUGCUAGUGCAGAACAUCGAGAGGUUGAUGAUGCAAAGUCUACAGCUGCAAGAGCGGUUGAGUCUGCUGCAGGUGAAGAGAGAUCUGCUGGCUUCAGUGUUUGGCUCUGACAGAGCAGAGAGUCUACUGACGGAGCUCAACGCCGCCGUGAAGAACCGAGAGCUACUGCACAGCCAGCUUCUGCAGAGGAAGGGAAGACUGCAGGGUUUGAUCUCGAGGACGAAGGACUUUGGCGACGCCUACGAGUCAAUCAGGAGCAAGCUGACCCUCCUGAGAGACAGACUGAUCUCAGCAGACAUCCUCCAACCAGACAUACUGGCCAAGAAGAGCCAGUCAGACCAGCUACGGGGGAUCAAGAAGGACUUGGAGGACUGUGAGGCCCACAUCACAGCUCUGGAGACUCUGGUGUCAUCCAGCUCCACUAACAAGACCCGGUCUGAGAGACUGUAUGGGGACUGGAGGAACCUAUACAAGGCAGUCCGGGUGAAGGGGAACGAGAGUGAGGAGAGCAUCAGGGAGCACGAGAGUUUCCAUGAGAGCCUGCUGAAUGUAGAGAAGUGGCUGAUGAUUAUGAGGCAGAAGCUGGAGUCCUACCGCAGUUCUGCUGGGGAGUGGAGCGUGGACAACAGACAGCAUGAAGCUGAGAGGGCACUAGGUGAGUUCCCAGAGAAGGAGCUGCAGCUGCACCAGACAGAGGUGGAGGGCCAGGGGGUGCUGAAGAGGACCUCUGAGGAGGGACGAGUACACAUCCUCAGGGACAUGAAGCGCCUGAGAGAGUCCUGGAUGGCCCUGCAUGACCUCAGCCUCAACCUCUUCAGGCUGCUGAAUGGGCACAGCUCCUCUGAGGACCAUGACUUAGACAUCCAGAGGGUGAGAGGUCAGGCUGGGGAGUUGACAGGCCCAGCUAGGGAGCUCUUUCCUGGGGAGGGAGGAGACCUGAUCAAAGGAAGAGGCUCCAGCAGCAGGAGGGAGGGUGCUCCAGAGAGAUCCCCAGGAGAGGACCAUGGUGUCUGGGUCUCUCAGAGCUAUGGAUCAGGGUCUGGGAGAGGGGGAAGAACAGGGUCAGGGGCAAGGAUGGAGCAAAGCAAAGGGGCAAGUUUUAGAGCAGAAGAGGGUGUGUGGGUCGAGGGAGGGUUCGAGGGCAGUGUGGAGGAUAUGGAUCUCUCUGAACAUGGGGAGAGACAGGGCAGUGGUCAACAGGGUCCAAUGGCGUUAAGCCAAGGAAGCAGUCAGAGCCCGGGACAGGGCAGUGGGGUUGAAAGCAGUGGCAAUUGCAGGGAGAAGGGUGGCGGUGAGCACAGCUUUGGUGUUGAGGAGGUGGACUCCAUUGCCUGGAGAGGGGGGUAUGGUCAGGGAGGAGAGGGGGAGACCAGAGGGGAAACCACAGGGAUAUACUCCUCAGGCCACACAGGAGGCAGAAGCCCCCAGUGUGGAGUGGUGGGGGGCUCUGGGUCCAGGAGUUGCGGAGUGGUGGGGGGCUCUGGGUCCAGGAGUAGCGGAGUGGUGGGGGGUUCUGAUUUUACAGGUAGCGGUGUGAUGGAGGGAUCAGGCUCUAGGAGUAGCGGAGUGGUGGUUGUCGGGGCGUCUGGGUCCAGCAGUAGCGGGCGGACAGAGGAGUGGGUGGAUGAGCAGAGGUCCAGAGGUGUGGCUGAACCUGUGGCCAUGGAGGUAGAUGUGGGGUUAGGGCAAGGUCAUAGUCAGGGCAGCAGAAGCAGCUAUAGAGAGGGAACAAGUGAAAUGGGAGACCAGAGUGGAAGUGGAGGGGGACACCCACGACACAGAGGGUCCUUCACCCUGAUCAAGACAAAGAUGGAGGAUCCAGUCAUGGACCAAGGCUUUGCUAGAAAAACCUCUGGAGGGUUACAGAGAUCAAGUCAACACACCACGGCAGAUCCAGGGUCAGCUCUGAGUGCAGCGGAGUAUGAGGACAGGAGGGGGAUUUUUGAGGCCUGGCUACAGAAGGAAAACGAUACUCUUUCAGGGAUUCUCAACACCAAGGGACCGCUGAGCACCAGAGAACUCAAGAUCAGGCAGAACACACUCAAGACUUUGCGGUCCAGUCUGGGCUGGGGUCAGGAGCAGUUCCAGCUACUGCUGAUGUCUGGGGUGGCUGCAUCCGGAUCCAGGGAUGGGGCUGACCAUUGGGCUGAGGAUGUGGGUAUGGAGGAGAUACGUUAUCGCUGGAUGCUCUACAAGUCCAAACUGAAGGAUGUAGGAGACCUCAAGGCUCUGUUGAAUGUCAAGGGUGCAAGUGCUGCUGGACAGGAGGAACACACCAGGACAGCUAAGGGGAAGACUCCAGGCCUGCUGUACCGUGUGUGUCGGGUGGCCCUGCCCCUCUGGCUCCUUCUGUUGGCCUUACUCCUCUUCGCCUUCUUCCUGCCCUGGAUGGACGAAGGCUCCAGCUGCUCUCUGUCCAACAACUUUGCCCGCUCCUUCAACAUCAUGCUACGCUACGACGGACCUCCACCCACAUAGAAGAAUCAUAUAAGUUGAUUCCUCUUCAUUCUCAAUCCAUUGUGUGUCUGUGUGUGUGUGUGUGUUAAGGCAUCCGCAUGCCUCCCAGCCGAAACAGUUAGAAGUUUGUGCAUAUAUUAUGACGACAUUUUGUGAAAUUUUUGUUAGUUUUGGGCUUGUUCGGCUGUUCGGGCACACGCAUUUCUUUUCUGGUUGCAGGCUGAAGUUCGGAGCCAAAGUCUACGCCCCUUCGUCGGUGAUUGGUCAACAAUAGGGAUUCUUCAAAGUCUUUGUUGUCAUUCAACGAUGCGACUCGUUUUCAUGCAAAUUCUUUAAUUGAGAAAUACUGCACCAAGCAUCUUAGUUUGAUGUAAGAUUGUGCGACUAAGAUCUCUGCAAAAAAAAAAAAAAAACGCCAAAAUGAAUGACAGAUUUCUUGGGUUAUCUUGAAUUAGUUCUUACUAUUUUGCGGAAGCGUUUACUGGCUACGGCGUUUCAAAUUGACACACAGUAAUGUUGCUGGGUUUUAUUUCUCUUUUUUCAAGCGAAUGUCUUUUAAGGGAGUAUGCGAGAACACUCGUUCGGCUAGGCGCCAGUCGAACCGAAGCAUGCUGACGCCUUUAGUGUGUGAAUGUGUGUCUGUGCUGGAUGUGUCACUGUGUGGGCGGGUAGCCUCGGCUCUUUCCACCUGUUCCUCUUGACUCAAGCUGUUCUCCACUCUGCAACCCACACGAUCAAGCCAAUUCACACAGGCUGGCAACACUUCCAUCCAUCCACAGAGUAGAGUGCUCCACUCCCUCUCCUUUUCACAGUACUACAGUAGCUACAACAAUGGCCACCAAGCACUUUAGGAGAGGAUGAGGAUGUGUAUUUUUAUUUCCUCUAUUUGGAGGGAUUUGAUGUCUUAGAAAAUUACUGCGUAUGAUCAUACACUCCCCAAAAAUAUCAUGGUUCACUACCCCUUUAAAGACGGGUGUAUAACAGAGAUGUGAAUACUUUUAAACUGCUUUUAAACUGCACAAAUAGCGUUAUGCUUUUUUCUAUUUUUGUGUAAUUGUAAGCUUUAUUUUUUACCUGUACAUAAUGCCUUUUGCAUACAGUACCCUUAUCAAUUUUAGCACUGUGUUCAUAAGUCUAGGCUGGCUUCAAUUUUAGAUGCAGGAUGUGCUCACAUCCCAAAACACAACGUCUGGGGUGUAUUCAUUACAUCUUGCAACGGAAACCCUUUACCGUGUUCAACGACCAAAAGGAAGCAAACCUACCUGAAAUUGUCAAGUAGGAACUCUCGUUUUUGUUAUUUGGUGUAAACGGACAUAAUGUUUUGCAACAGAAUCAGCGUAAUGACUACACCCCUGUUCUAUCAUGUGGCAAUUCAAAUUAAUCAAUUUGACAUGUUUUGUUCCAGUGUUAAUACAAAACAGUCAAUUUGUGAUACUUACCAUACAGAAAAUCAGUCAGUGCUGGUAUACAUGAUGUACCUACUUUUGACUGUUUAAGUAUAUUGUAUUUGUACUGAACUGUAGGUAUGUUUGAACAAUAUGCUUUUCUUUCCUAAAGGUGCUAUGCUAUAUUUGAACACUGUCAUAAUGAUCCCUUCGCACAGUUUAACUUCUAUCUUGGCCCCUGACGUUUUCUUGGACCACAGAGUACUUUAGAUGCUAAGUUUACUUUCUUUAUAAUACAUCAUGUUCAGCAGGGCCCAGAUUAUAUCACGGAAAUAGCUCCUGUUAUGGGAGAAUAUCCUUUUUUGAGCAGACUCUUAAAACGACGCAAUGACCCAGUCAACCUUUUCUCUCUUUCCUCUCUCUUGCAUGCCCCUCUCUUCUCUCAUUCACUUUUGUACUUUUCCCUCCCGCACAUGUUUGUUUUACAGACCCGAGGGUUGCUAGGGCAACGGAAACCAAAUCGCAUUAUAUCUAUUAGUGUCCUAUCACACAGCACAGAUAUUUUUUGUUACGACAGCAAAAUUAGGUUAUAACCCACAAAUAGUUUGAUGUUUUUUUUACAUUUGAUUAAAGUUGAACUGUUAGCUUUUGUUCAGAAUGAGGGAGAGCGUGUGUUUAGUUUGACUGUCUUGUCUCAGAAUGUUGCACAAUCUGUAUCUGUUUUCUCCGUCAGGGAAGGUUUCAGAGGGCUGUCUUAGUCUGUCAUCAUGAAUGUUGACAAACUGAAUUUUAAUGAAAAAAUUGAAGGAAACCCGCAUGCCUGCCCUACCUGUACAAAGCAGACUUGAACCGAAAUAUUUAUACCAUUCUACUGUUAUUUAUACACAAGUUAUGCAAUGCUCUUAUUCAGUCUUCAUACAUAUUAAUGAAACAUAUCUAGCUCUUUUAAAUGUGAGAAUAUUAAACGUCAAUGCUAAACUAAAUACAGAGUACUAAACAUGACCAUAAUAUGUGGCAUUAAUUUGAGUACCAAUUAGCUACAAGAUAGGUGAGAGGAUAGGUGAGAGAGAGUGGUGGAGAAUGAAGGGAAUCUCAUGGAAUACUGUAUCAGAUUACUCCGCAGUGUACAAAAGAAGUAGGGUUGAAGAAUUCAGCCUUUUUUUUUUUUUAACAGAUCUCCAGGUUGGAAUAUUUCAGAUACCUCCUGAUUCCGGGAAUAUUCCAACCAGGAUUUAUGGAAAACUUUUCCAAAAUUCCCAGGUUAUCAACAUUUUCCAACCCUAAUCAGAUUCCUCUGGGUGUUUACAAGGAGUUUGAUACAUUUAGCAGAGCACUUAGUAGAUAAUGUAAUACGAAUGGACAUUAGAUUAGAUUGGAAUAGCUUGUCCUGCAAAUGAGUAUCUGCUUUGCAAUUUUUUUAAACGCACAUGCAUGCAGGAAUGAAGAUUCAAAGCUUUUGUAAAACGGUACAAUAUUAUGCUCUAUUUUAUUACUAUAUUUUGAAAUGAAGGAAAUGCUUAAAAUGUAUCAACAGGGCCUAACCAAUAUUUUUGUAUUGUACUCAAAACUGGCAAUAAAAUAUGCAGUGUGUAUAAUUGA